AUGAUGGCGAGGCUGGGGCUUUUGGUCGCUUUUGCUGUGUUCCUGGAGGUGGUCUCUGGGGCCUCUCUUGGGGUAGUGUACACGGAGGGGGGGAUGGUGCAGGGCGAGAACAUUCGUCUUGGGUUCCGUCGUCACAUGGACGUCUUCAGAGGGGUUCCCUUUGCUGACAUCCCUGGAAGGUUUGAGAAGCCAAAGCGUCACCCUGGCUGGGACGGUGUCUUGAAGGCCACUGAGUUCAGAAAGAGAUGCCUUCAGGUGAACCUCAUCAUGACCGAUACCAGAGGGAGUGAGGACUGUCUUUACCUUAACAUCUGGGUUCCCCAUGGCCGCUCAGUCUCCACAGAUCUGCCCGUCAUGGUGUGGAUCUAUGGAGGAGGCUUCCUGGCCGGAGGCUCGAUGGGUGCUAACUUCCUGAACAACUAUCUGUACAGCGGCCAGGAGAUUGCAGACAGAGGAAAUGUUAUUGUGGUGACUUUGGGAUACCGUGUGGGAACUCUGGGCUUCCUGAGCACUGGAGACUCGAGCUUGCCCGGAAAUUACGGUCUGUGGGACCAGCAGGCCGCCAUCGCUUGGGUGCACAGGAACAUCCGCUCAUUUGGAGGAGACCCCGACAAUGUCACCGUCUUCGGAGAGUCUGCAGGUGCAGCUAGUGUUAGCUUCCAGACUCUCACUCCCCACAACAAAGGGUUGUUCAAGAGAGCCAUCUCCCAGAGUGGAGUUGCCCUUUGCCCGUGGGCCAUCAACAAGAACCCCCGCAAGUUUGCUGAGGAGGUCGCUCUGAAGGUCAACUGCCCCACGGGUGAAAAUAUGGCCGCUUGUUUGAAGAUGACCGAUCCUGCGCUCCUAACGUUGGCCGGCUCCCUCAGUCUGUCCAGCUCACCUGAUAGCCCUGUCGUAGGAAACCUGCUCCUGUCUCCUGUGAUCGAUGGCGACUUCCUGCCUGAUGCGCCUCACAACCUGUUCCACAACGCCGCUGACAUUGACUACAUCGCUGGAAUCAACGACAUGGAUGGACACCUCUUCACGGGUUUAGAUGUUCCUUCAAUCAACUCUCCCCUGGUGGACACUUCUGUUGACGAUGUGAAGAGGCUUCUGGCUUCAUACACCAAGGAUAAGGGCAAGGCUGGUUUUGACAACGCCUACUCCACAUACACUUCAACCUGGGGAUCAAAUCCCAGCAGGGAAACCAUCAAGAGAACUGUGGUGGAGAUUGGAACAGACUACAUUUUCCUGGUUCCUACACAGGCUGCUCUCUACCUUCAUGCUGCCAAUGCCACAACUGGCCGUACCUACUCGUACUUAUUCUCCCAGCCCAACCGUAUGGGCGGCAUUGGCAGACCCUACCCCAGCUGGAUGGGAGCUGACCAUGCUGAUGACCUGCAGUACAUGUUUGGAAAGCCUUUCACCACGCCACUGGCAUACUGGCCUCGCCACCGUGACGUCUCCGGCUACAUGAUUGCCUACUGGACCAACUUCGCAAGAACUGGAGAUCCCAACAAAGGAGAGCUAAGUGUGCCCGUCACCUGGCCCGAAUUCACCAUCACUGGACACAAGUUCCUGGAUAUCAAUUCCAACAUGAAGAAUGACUCUGUGGGACAGAAGAUGAGAGCGCGUCAUGUUCAUUUCUGGACCAGCAUCCUGCCCAGCCUUCCCUAACCAUCUAAGAAUGAAUAGCUUGUGCAACAGCUGUGCACCUUUAGUGUAGAACCCAUAUAUGUAAGGAAUCACAUCAGCAAUAAAUAAAUUUGUACAAAUUA